ACACAGAGUUAACUGGGUGGAUUCUCAUCCCGGCACCAGAAAGUGGACUGUCUGGUCUCCAUGAAAGAUGCUGUGAUUUUGAAACCAGGUCACCUGGUGCCUGCGGCUACCCCAGCCCUCUCGGGAUUCGGCAGACAGUGGAGGUGGUGGUGAAGGAGACAGUGGUGGUCAAUGUUAUUGAGCAGGGUCAACAGACCCUGGAACUUCCUGAGUGCACGAUGCAGAAGGCUGCUUACUAUGAAAACCCAGGACUCUUCGGAGGCUACGGCUACAGCAAAGCCACUGACACUUAUGGCUACGGCACUCCCCAUCAGCCUUACCCACCCCCUGCCGCUGCCAACUCCCUGGACACUGAUUACACGGGCUCCGCCUGUUCCAUCCAGAGUUCCGCACCUCUGAGAGCCCCAGCCCACAAAGGAGCUGAACUUAACGGCAGCUGUAUGCGUCCUGGCACUGGGAACAGCCAGGGUGGGGGGGGUGGCAGCCAGCCUCCCGGCCUGAACUCAGAGCAGCAGCCACCACAACCCCCUCCUCCGCCACCAACCCUGCCCCCAUCCUCGCCCACCAAUCCCGGAGGUGGAGCGCCUGCCAAGAAGGCCAAGGGUGGGCCCAAUGCUUCUGGCUCUUCAGCCACCAUCAGCAAGCAGAUCUUCCCCUGGAUGAAAGAGUCCCGACAGAACUCCAAGCAGAAGAACGGCUGUGCCGCUGCAGGAGAGAGCUGCGAGGAUAAGAGCCCGCCGGGCCCAGCGUCCAAGCGGGUUCGCACGGCCUACACGAGUGCGCAGCUGGUGGAGUUGGAGAAGGAAUUCCACUUCAACCGCUACUUGUGCCGGCCACGGCGCGUGGAGACCAACCUGCUGAACCUCACGGAGCGCCAGAUCAAGAUCUGGUUCCAGAACCGGCGCAAGUACAAGAAGGACCAGAAGGCCAAGGGCAUCCUGCACUCGCCAGCCGGUCUCCCCGAGCGCAGCCCGCCUCUGGGCAGCGCCGGCCACGUGGCCUACUCGGGCCAGCUGCCGCCCGUGCCCGGCCUGGCCUACGACGCGCCCUCGCCGCCCGCCUUCGCCAAAUCUCGACCCAACAUGUACGGCCUGGCCGCCUACACGGCGCCGCUCAGCAGCUGCCUGCCACAGCAGAAGCGCUACGCGGCGCCCGAGUUCGAGCCCCACCCCAUGGCCAGCAACGGCGGCGGCUUCGCCAGCGCCAACCCAGGCAGCCCGGUGUACGUGGGGGGCAAUUUCGUCGACUCCAUGGCGCCCGCGUCCGGGCCCGUCUACCUGGGCCACCUCUCGCAUCCGUCUUCGGCCAGCGUGGACUACAGCUGCGCCGCUCAGAUUCCCGGCAACCACCACCAUGGACCGUGCGACCCUCAUCCCACCUACACAGAUCUCUCGGCCCACCACUCGUCCUCAGGGACGCCUGCCCGAGGGCCCCCAGAACUGACGCAUCUGUAGCGGCCGGCCACCGCCCCGAACUCGCGGCGCAAUUACCUCUCUUGCUUUGGUGGCGGGGGUGGCGGGCGGGG